GGCUGCUCGGCUCUACUGAGCAAAAGAACCUGCUCCUCGGUCCUACCUGUUCCUCGGUCCAGUGGUGUCCUGCUUUUACUGGCCGUCUUCUCUCUCUGGCGCCGACAUCUUCAGUGUCUGCAGUCUCUGGACAUCUCCUGUACUAUGUCUGCAGUCUCUGCUCAUCUCCUGUACUAUGUCCGCAGUCUCUGGUCAUCUCCUGUACUAUGUCUGCAGUCUCUGGUCAUCUGUAGUAUGUCCGCAGUCUCUGGUCAUCUCCUGUACUAUGUCCGCAGUUUUUGGUCAUCUCCUGUACUAUGUCCGCAAGUUUUUGGUCAUCUCCUGUACUAUGUCUGCAGUCUCUGGUCAUUUCCUGUACUAUGUCUGCAGCCUCUGGUCAUUUCCUGUACUAUGUCUGCAGUCUCUGGUCAUUUCCUGUACUAUGUCCGCAGUCUCUGGUUAUCUCCUGUA